UCUUUUUUUUAUUUUUUUUUUUUCUUUUCUUUUUGUCUCUCCGUUCGGUUUCCCUACAAUGAAGUUCUAUAUCGAUGACCUUCCUGUGCUCUUUCCCUAUCCCCGUAUUUACCCCGAGCAGUAUCAGUAUAUGUGCGAUUUAAAGCACUCUUUAGAUGUCGGUGGUGCUGCUUUACUGGAGAUGCCUUCAGGAACCGGGAAAACCAUUUCCUUGUUAUCUAUAAUCGUCUCUUACCAAACGUACUAUCCCGAACAUCGAAAGCUAAUUUAUUGCUCCCGUACCAUGUCGGAAAUUGACAAAGCUUUGGCAGAAUUGAAACGCCUCAUGGCUUACCGCGCUUCUCAACUGGGUUACGAAGAACCAUUUCUCGGCCUUGGUUUGUCCAGUCGUAAAAAUUUGUGUCUUCAUCCUUCUGUUCGUCGCGAAAAGAACGGAAAUGUUGUUGAUGCUCGCUGUCGAUCUAUGACUGCCGGUUUUGUAAAGGAGCAAAAGCAAGCCGGCAUGGAUGUCCAGCUCUGUGACUUUCAUGAAAAUUUGGAAGACCUAGAACCACAUAGUUUAGUCCCGAAUGGCGUUUGGACCCUCGAUGAUAUUACAGAAUAUGGGACAAAGCAUGUUCGCUGUCCUUAUUUUACUGUUCGUCGAAUGCUUCCAUUUUGUAAUGUUAUUAUCUAUUCCUACCACUAUUUAUUGGAUCCGAAAAUUGCUGAACGAGUUUCGAAAGAACUUAGUAAAGACUGCAUCGUCGUUUUUGAUGAGGCUCACAAUAUAGAUAACGUAUGUAUCGAAUCCCUUAGUAUCGAUUUGACAGAUUCUUCUUUACGAAAAGCUACUCGCGGUGUUCAAGCUCUUGAACAGAAGGUAAACGAGGUUAAGCAAUCUGACGCAAAAAAGCUUCAGGAUGAAUAUCAAAAACUUGUUCGUGGUCUUCAAGACGUUAAUACUGCUUCUGCCGAGGAGCAAUUCAUGACAAAUCCCGUAUUACCUGAAGAUAUUUUACAGGAAGCCGUUCCGGGUAAUAUCCGUCGUGCUGAACAUUUUGUUGCAUUCUUAAAAAGAUUCGUAGAAUAUUUGAAGACUCGCAUGAAAGUUUUGCAUGUAAUAGCAGAAACCCCCACUUCCUUUUUGCAGCAUGUAAAAGAUCUUACAUUUAUUGAUCAGAAACCGCUUCGAUUUUGCGCGGAAAGAUUGAAUAGUCUUGUUCGUGCUUUACAAAUUGCGACCAUUGACGAUUUUCAAGCUUUACAACAAGUUGCGACCUUCGCAACUCUCGUAUCCACCUAUGAACGCGGGUUUGUACUAAUUCUAGAGCCUUUCGAAACAGAAAAUGCUACUGUACCUAAUCCAAUACUUCAUUUUUCCUGUUUAGAUGCCUCUAUAGCGAUCAAGCCCGUGUUCGAUAGAUUUCGUUCCGUAAUCAUUACUAGUGGUACCCUUUCACCUCUUGAUAUGUAUCCAAAAAUGCUUCAGUUCAAUUCUGUUGUACAAGAAUCCUAUGGUAUGUCUUUGGCAAGAAAUUGCUUUUUACCUAUGGUGAUAACUAGAGGAGGCGAUCAAGUUUCCAUAUCAUCCAAAUUUGAAGCCCGUAAUGAUCCAAGCGUUGUUCGGAAUUACGGUAAUAUACUGAUCGAGUAUUCUAAAAUUGUUCCUGACGGAUUAGUCGCAUUUUUCCCCAGUUAUCUGUAUUUGGAAAGUAUUGUGUCCAGUUGGCAAAGUAUGGGCAUUUUAGACGAAGUAUGGAAAUAUAAGUUAAUUUUAGUAGAAACCCCGGAUCCACACGAAACGACUUUGGCUUUGGAAACUUAUCGUGCUGCAUGUAGUAAUGGUCGUGGUGCAGUGCUGCUUUCCGUAGCUCGAGGAAAGGUUUCUGAAGGAGUUGACUUUGAUCAUCAUUAUGGCAGAGCUGUCAUUAUGUUUGGAAUCCCAUAUCAAUAUACUGAAAGUAGGAUUCUGAAGGCCCGUCUAGAAUUUCUAAGGGAUACCUACCAAAUUCGUGAAGCGGAUUUUUUGACAUUCGAUGCUAUGCGACAUGCUGCUCAAUGUCUAGGUCGUGUAUUACGUGGUAAGGACGAUCAUGGUAUUAUGGUUCUUGCGGACAAGCGAUACGGUCGGUCCGAUAAACGGACCAAGUUGCCUAAAUGGAUUCAACAGUAUAUAACUGAGGGUGCCACGAAUUUAAGCACUGAUAUGUCUCUUGCGUUAGCUAAAAAGUUCUUAAGAAGUAUGGCUCAACCCUUUACUUCUGCUGAUCAAGAAGGUAUUUCAUGGUGGAGCUUUGAGGAUUUACAAGAUCAUCAAAGAAAAAGCUCCAGGAUGAAGACUGUUGAAAACGAAAAACAUGAUGAAGAAAUGGAUAUUGACAUGACAUAAAACUAAAUGAACUACGAUAAUAAAUCAAUGUGUAUACUAGUUAACUUAAUGGAGAAUCUAUUUGGUAAAAGCGAUAAUAAUACCUGAUUAUACUGGUAAACUUUUCAAAUUAUGAUGAACAUGCUUUACAGAAACUCCUUUCAAAUAUAAUCCAAAUUCCAUGUUAAGUUAUUUUUUGACAAGCACAGGGCAUUCAAGAG